AUGGUUGGCGGCAUGUGUCAAGAGGGCUACUGCAACAUAGAUACCAACACUGUCAACGUGAGAGAGCAAGCAUGCAAAGGCGGAGCCGGCUUCUUUGCUGAUGACACGCCCGGUGGGAGGACCGCAUGCUCAGUUGAGGGGGGAAAAUGCACCUACAUAUGGCAAUGCGUCUAG